CUUUUCUCCUCCUCUCUUCCUCCCCCUCCCGUCUGACAACCGUCCUCCCCUUGACCCCUCUAACCUCGCGUUCCUCCAAACAAGUUCCGUUGACAAUCAACAUGCCCGGCGCCAUUCGCAGACGGCUGCACGACCUAUGGGCCACUCUAACCGAUCCGAGCAUGAAACAGCGUCUUGAGCGCGAUAGUGUUGUGCCCUCACGAUUCCUUACAAAUAACAAAAUUACCCUCGAUCUCGCUGCCUUCUCAUCGACAGAUACUGCAGCAGACAACCUCAACAAGAAACCACCUAUUCUUUUCCUCAUGCGCUCUGAAAGAAUCAUUACCGACCAUCCCAUCGACAUGGCCGAUGAAUUUUUCAGGCCAAUGGGGAAAGCUCAGGUUCGUGAAGAGAGUCCCUCGCCUGAGACUCAGGUGAGGAUGAUUUUGCAGGCCGAGAGUAAGGCUUUUCACCGUGGGACAUCUCUCAGCCAUUACAUUAAUGAGUGGGUAAUGUAUGGAUAUCCUCGUGUCAUCCCACGGGGCAUCCCCAAUCUUGCUACUCGGUGCAACAUUCAUGGCGUUUCCUCACCGCAUGCGUUGAACCUCGAAACUCGCGGAUUUAGGAGAUCUGGCCGACUGAAUGACAUUCGAUGGAAAACUCGUAUUUAUGAAUAUAACCAAACGUCUAAUGGGCGUCCGGCUUAUCCCCACCUGAUUCUGUUAGGGGUACAGUCCUGCGAUGGCUAUACAAAUACCAUCAGCCUGGGCGAGCUCACCUUAAUCGUCACAGCCAUGCGCAGCCGAGCAUACCAGCCUGCUGAGUUUGAUGAAGACGCGAUACUAGUUGGCGAUGCCGAGCAGUCGGAAGACGGCAAUUAUCUGCCAGGCCAUGAAGACAAGUUGGCGUUUCCACACCAAAGGCGGUUCCCGGUUAUGAUGGUCUCCCUCGUCGGUCCCCAGCAUGCCCGAUUUAUCUAUGCCUGCAUGGAUGGCAUGACGCUUUCGAUCAGAAUGUCUCAAUGCCGGGCUAUGGGAACGGACUCGGAGACGGUUAUGCGUGAUAUCGCGGGUGUGCUUCUCAGCUAUCCGUUGGAGGAGAUGGCUUAGGGAGAGGAUCAGCCGGCUAUGGCCGCGGUCUUGAAUUCUAGGUAAUCCUAGCUUGCAGUAUCGACUUGUGUGUUUGGUGCUCCUCUAAAUCCAGCAAACCUGGCUAAGGCUUCUCGUAUGAUGAGUAAGAUCCAUGGAUAACUUCAGUAACAGUGCGCUGGACUUCAUAAGAGGCGUGCUUUUCCGCUCUAUACCGAGCAGCCCGAGUGGAC